AUGAUUAAACAGAGCAUUGAAUACAAUACAUAUGCAAAUAAAGAGAUCAGAACAUGUAUAAAUAUUAAUUAGCUCCACACUUAUUUAACUUCUAGAUAGAGACGAGUAAAACAUUCUGCUGUUACUUGCAACAUAAGUUUGAUUCUUUUAAACAACCAUAUAUUUAGAAAAAUGUUGGUUUUAACUUAUUUUCUAUUAUCUACGAUAACCAAAUGUUUUGCCGGUUAUACUAUAAUCAACAGCAAAUUAAACAAUAUUACAUUCAAAUAUUCAGAUGAUAUUAACGGAGAAAGUGAUUUACACGAAUGUAAGAUUAACGAGGUGUGUAACGUGAUUUAUGAUCGAUUUUGGGUAUCCAGUUUAACCGAAAGAAUUUGUCGUUGUCCCAAUAGAAAGGAAUGUCUUUGGCAAUGGUUAAAAGAACCUGAAGAUAUGUCUCUCCAGCUUAACAACAAAUCAUAUAUGAAGUUUUGUUCUCCGAUAGCAGAAAUGAAUGUGUGUACGCGUAACGAAGAAGCGGUACAAAUAUAUGGUAAAAGUGAUCGAAAUAACUCUUACUUAACGCCAUAUAACGUCACUUUGCAUUGUACUUGUCCAGAGUCACAUUUCUGGAGACUUCAAAAAUACGUGUACGAGGAAAAUGAUUUAAUUGUGCAAACGUUCAAGUGUGUCAAGAAAAGAAUGUGCGUUACUCGAGAAUUUUGUGGGCACAUACGAGCUGAUUUAUAUUCGACGUAUUAUAAGUGUACUUGUCCUCAAAACCAUUUGUGCAUUUUUAAAGAUCAAAACAAGGAGAACGUUCAAGAAUUACUUUAUUCGGGACCUGCUUACAAAGGAUAUUGUAUUCCGUUUGAAAAUAUGUAAUAUUUAGUUGUUGAAAUGUUCAUGUAGAAAAAAUACAUACCUGUGAAGAUUGUUCGCUCAUUA